CAACACUGCCCCCUCACUUGGAUCUCUGCCAACGACACAUUGGCGUGCAGAGAAUUCUCUUCUUUUUUGGACUUUGUUUUUGGCCUGAGCUGGUUAUGCUAAGGUGUCUUGUUUGCCGCGGAAGAGUCAGCAGUUGGUGUUGUUCGUGGAAGAAAGAAGAUCCAUUAAUUGCCAAACAAUAUUAGUUCGGAGCGGACAUAGCCGCAGCAGCAGUAGUGGUAGUAGAAGUGAAUGUUUUACAGUUUCGAACGAAAACAAGAAAAUCAAAUCAAAACACCAUAUCAUAAAUAAUAAAUAAAUUUAUGCGCAUGCCCAACAAUGUGCCAGGCGUUCGAAUGCUGAAAGUUUUGAAUAUUGUGAUUUAUUUAAUUAAAAUUUGAAAAUAAAAUCAAAAAAAUCUUCCACUAUCACCAAAAAAAAAAAAAAAAAAAAACAAGACUGGAAAUGUCAUCGUACUACAGAUUUCUGUUUGUUGUUCUGUUCGUUCUUUUGCCCUGCUGUUGUUAUGCCCAUCCGGGCUAUAGUUAUGGCAAAGGUCAAGGCCAGUAUGGAGGCUAUGUGAGAGGUCCGGUGGUCUACAGAAAUGAUGUGAUACAGGAUUUUGAAUAUGUGCCCACGGUCCAGGGUUAUCGUUACAACUAUGUCCUCAACGAUGGCACCUCACGCAACGAAAAUGUCCUGGUGGCCGGCACUCCAAGUAGUCCCCAGUCGAAAUUGGAUGGCAAAAACACAGACCUAACAGCUGUUGGUGUGGGGGGUAGGCAUCGCAUGCCAACGAAAAAUCGUAAAUUGGCCCCAGGUGCCCUUAAGAGUUUAGCAGGUUAAAAUAAGUGUGUGUGUGUGCUCGUGUGUAUGUAUGUGUGUAGGGGGAUUUUUUUUCUAGCUAAUUGUGAUUAAUAACGAAUUUCAUAUUUUUUCCAUAGUUUUUGUUUUUUUUUUAGUUGAUUAUUUGUAUUAUUAUUGUUUUUUUGUUUUUGUUUUUGUUUUUGUUUUUGGUUUCAUCAAUAUAUGUUUUUUUAGCCAAUUUAAAUAUCUUUUAUGCCAUUGUUUUAAUUGUUAUUAAUGUUCGGUUGAUAAUAGCCAAUAUAAUGAUGUUGCAGUGGCUGAAUGAUUACCCCCAAUGGCAAUGAUGUUGACUUUGUUCGCAUGACCUUGAUUUGAAAUUACAAAGGCUUUGGGGCAGAUGUUGGGUCGCGAUAUUUCGUAGUUUAUGAAAUGAGGUAUU